AUGGAUCGAGAGGACUAUGAUGCGCGUGUGUAUGACAUGAUUGGUACCGGCCCGUACGAAGAAGUAAAAUUCAAAAACGGUAAGCCGAAAGACCCGCUGAACAAAAUGAUUGAGGAAGUGAACUGUGCUCGGCAGAAAGUGGCCCAUCUAAUGGGUGAAGAGAGGCUAGAUAGGAAGUUACACGUCCCGAAUCCCGCGGUGGCAUCUUUGUAUUGCUUACCGAAGAUCCACAAAAAUCCUAUUGGAAUGAAGCCAAUUUCUUCCAACAUACUGGAAUUGGUGAAGAAAUUAGAAGGGUUUAAGUUGGGACGAGGAGAAAUUUUGGUCUCGUUCGAUGUCACGGCACUGUUCCCGAGCGUACCAGUCAACGAAGCCCUUCAAAGCCUGCGUCGUCACUUGGAACGCAGCCGAGCUCCACCAAAUCAUAUCGAAGCGUAUCUCUCCGUAGCCCAGGUGUGUAUGAACCAGAAUUUUUUCACGUUCAGGGGGAAGGUUUACAGGCAAACCUUUGGGCUCAGUAUGGGUAGCAAGCUGUCCCCAUUGCUAGCGGACCUCUUCAUGAGCGAUUUUGAGAACGAAGCUCAAAAGAAGAAGUUGUUUCCCAGGAUCUGGUGGCGCUACGUUGAUGAUGUUUUUGCUCCGGUUAAGGAACGAUACCUGGAUCAAACGUUGAGCAUGUUAAACUCCCAACACAAUACGAUAAAAUUUACUGUAGAGAAGGAAGUAGAAGGGAGACUCCCCUUUCUCGAUCUGUUGAUCAGUAGAAAUGAAGACAGCACGUUGAAAUUCGGGAUCUACCGCAAGCCUACCUCCACCGACAGAUACAUCACUUCGGAUUCCAAUCACUUCGGUGCCCAGAAGCAAGCCGCUUUCCACUCUAUGGCACACCGGUUGUUCAACGUACCCAUGGCGAAGGAAGAGUUUGAAGAAGAGAAAGACCGUAUUUAUUCAGCAGCCGAAGUGAAUGGGUACGACAAGCCUUUUGUGGAUAAAAUCAUCCGAAAACAUAAGCGAAAAACACAGCGCAACAGUAUAACUACCCUACAGCCGGACACCAAAGAAGUAAAAAGAGUCAGCCUGCCAUUCUACCCGAAAAUAAUGAACCCCAUAAAAACCACACUUCAUCGACAAGGGUUACACGUUGUUCACAAAAGUGAGAACACUCUGCGUGACCUGCUUUGCAACCUCAAAGACAAGGUUCCACCUGACGAGCAGUCUGGCAUAUACCAGAUUCCCUGCAAAGACUGUCCGGCGGUUAACAUUGGACAAACCCGCCGAAAAGUCAAAGUCCGCAUAAGGGAACAUAAGAACGCCAUGGUGUCUAAGAAGAGCAACGAAUCGAGCGUGGCGGCUCAUACGGUGGAAACCGACCACGAAAUAGAUUGGGGAAGUGCGAAGAUUAUUAAAACUUUACAUGUAGGUCUGCAGGCACACGCCGCCGCCACAAUCUCCUCAGUAGACAUAGUUCCGGCUUGUGGCAAGCAUAUGGGAUUUGAGAUUGCGCAGAUUUAUGCACGUCGGUGA